AAAGUGCAAUAAGAUAAUAAGGGAGCUGAGGGUUAUCAGUGCUCACUUGUAAGGGGAGGGGGAGAUAUAAAACUUGCUAUAAGUUGCCAGAGGCUGAUGUGGUAUCAAUAUAACCCAAGAACACAUUAUUUCCCAGUGGUGAUGUCAAAUGAGAAGGGCUGGUGGUUAAGCCAGAGCCUCUGAGAAGGAUUCAGAGCUAACACAAGGCAACACCGGGAAGCAUGAACUGUGCAGCUAUUCCACUUAUUUGGCUUCAGUCGCAGUGGUCCUUUCCACUGCCAAGGGGAGACUGCCUUUUCUAUUUUUUCACGACUGCAGCCAUCUGAUAUGCUCCUUUUCCCUGGCUAUUCCAUCUAAUCACCUGGAAAGUUCAAACAGGAAUGAUUUGCCAGCCUCAAGCAUGAUCACAGUCGAGUGGGAGUCGGAGGGACUGCAGACAGUAGGGAUCGUUAUGAUUAUCUGCGCAUCCCUCAAGCUGCUGCAUCUGUUGGGCUUGAUCGACUUCUCUGAAGACAAUGUGGAAGAUGAAAUGGAGGCGGCAACUGUGCGUCAUCGCCCGGAGGCACUUGAACUGCUGGAAGAACAGACCAGGUUUACAAAGAAGGAGCUUCAGAUUCUGUACAGAGGUUUCAAAAAUGAAUGUCCCAGUGGAAUUGUUAAUGAAGAGAACUUUAAGGAUAUCUAUGCUCAGUUCUUCCCACAAGGAGACACAUCUACAUAUGCACAUUUUCUGUUUAACGCAUUUGACACAGACCAUAAUGGAUCUGUUAGUUUUGAGGAUUUUGUAAUCGGUCUGUCUACAUUGCUUCGGGGCACAAUUCAGGAAAAACUCAACUGGGCUUUUAAUUUGUAUGAUAUAAAUAAAGAUGGAUACAUAACUAAAGAGGAGAUGCUUGAUAUAAUGAAAUCAAUUUAUGACAUGAUGGGAAAAUGUACAUACCCUCUAGUCCGAGAGGAAACACCAAGACAACAUGUGGAGAAUUUCUUCCAGAAAAUGGACAUCAAUAAGGAUGGAGUGGUCACUAUAGAAGAAUUUAUAGAGAGCUGUCAAAAAGAUGAAAAUAUUAUGUGCUCAAUGCAGCUGUUUGAGAAUGUGAUAUAACAAACGUGCGUCAUCCCAAAAGAACUUUCAACUUUAUCUAUUUUUGACAACAAUUUGAAGCUGCAAUUUUCAUCUUUCCAUAAAUAGACUGUUCAGCUUUCUACUAAGUUAUAUAUUAUGCAAACUAGCUUUUUUUCAUGAUGCCUUCCAUAAAUUAGGUUUCCUGAUGUGCAGCAGUUUAACAUGAUUUUUAAGUGUAUCACAUUGAAUACUUUCAUUUUUUUUCUUGGCUUUAAUAAAAACAGUUCCAUAGUAACACAUCUUACUUGUGCAAAGGAAAAUGCCACAUCCUGAUGCCAUUUUAUAGCUUUUUAUAAGGUUUCAGAAAGCAUAAAAGUAUCUCAAGGUCUUUAACAAGUGUUGCUUUUCUAUAUGGAAACCAGUUGUACAUUAUGUCAGGACAAUCGUCCAAAGCAAUCUGAUUACACUGUGAGUAAUAUUUACCAUGGCAAGAUUUGGCAUGAACGCAUUAUCCUUUAAACCUGUCUUAGUACAAUUGUUAAAAAGGCAAACAAUUCCUGUUUGAACUGAUGUACUAGCUUACACUGUUACACAUAGCUAUUGGAGGCAGAGAGGCAUACAGUAAAUCAUGAAGCUGACGGCUGUCUAUGGUACAUUUUUUGUUCUGGAAAAAAAGUGCAGAAGCCGUAAUUCAACAAAUUUGUAUUAUACAAUUUUGAUUCACAUCACACAGCAACUGUAUGAAUCAGAAUAAUCCUUUCUCAACACAUGGUUUACUGUAAUUGAGCUGUUUUAAUACAAUAUUACUGAAAUACCAUCUCCAUUUUAAGCCAAGUCUGACAGAUAUUCAUGGCAAUGACUUCAUUAAACACCCUUGAUUGCCGAUGCCGAGCCGAUGCAGCCACUGCUGCCUGACAUAGGAAUCGAUUAUUUACAGUUCCGUUGAGUUGUAAAGAGAAAUGGAAGAUAAUUUUACAAUCCAUUAGUGAUCUUAUUAGUCAUAGUCAGUCAUAUAUAAAAUAAAGUUUCAGUCCAGUUAUACAGCAGAUUAUCGCCCUUAACACAAUAUUCAUUUUAAAUCUAUUUUUCUAAAAAAAAAAACACUCAAACCACAAGAUUAUAGAAGGAAGAAAAUGUGCGCACAGUAAGGAGAUGCAUAGUUGUAGUGGGAACUACUCUACAGUCUCCAGGUGUGACAGGUUGUCAACUUAUUUUAUCAAUAAAAGAUAUGACAGACCUCAA